ACGCCAAUAAAACGAUACGUUUGUUAAUACACCUUUUCUUGACAUCAUCAAUAACAGCAAUUAAUUAGUCUAAUAUGCUUUCACCAUAUUUAAUUAAGUAAUCUAAAAUUUUGUUUCCAACAGUGAUAAAUUUAAGAGUCGCCAAUAUACAUAUUUUUAUGAACCCCGUUAAUUUCACUCAAAAAAAAAAAGACGAGAAAAUUUAAUUCAAUAUCAUUCCGUCUACCGUACGUAACGCCGCUAACGACAACGGUGUCGUUUUCGUUCUUCCUAAUACUCUCCCGUCUACUGAGGGAGACGUUAGUGUGCAUCUUAACCGUCCAUCUUUGGCUUCCACUGAACCAAACCCGAAAUCGACGGUCCUGAUCUCUCUAACCGCUUUUCCACGCUUGCUACGCCACUUUUUUUUUUCCUCCGAACUUAAUUAAAAACUUUAUAAACCCCCCCAGAAAUUUUAUUUAUUUAUAUAUAUAUAUAUCGUCUUCUCUCUCUCUCAUUCCUCCACGUUUUUUGUUAAUUUACAGACGGCGGAGAGAAAUCGCUCGGAAAAGGAAAAGAGGAAGUGUUUCUUUGAUUCAUGGAUGGGUGUGCAGGUAAACGAUCAGCUGACCGAUUGGUUGUGCCACGAAAAGCGAGUGGACUUGUUCUGCGUGAGAAUAUGAACAAGAGAGAUGAUAAGAAUGAGCCUUUCUGCAGCCGAAUUGGCUGUAGCGCAAAGGUGACUUCCACUAAAGGAACUCGGAUUGGCUCUACGGGAAACAAUACAAAAACUGGACGGCCUCAGAUUUGUUCUUCUUCAAAUGGAAAGGAAAUUGUUGGGAGUUCAUCUCGAACUCCGUCUGGAUUUGGAUCCUUAAGAAAGCCAGCCAAAGGUACUGGUAGGAGACAGCCGUCUUCUAAUUUGGACACAGAUUCUUCAGAGACGAGCAGUAGUCAUGAUGAUCCAGCUGCGGUUGAGCCCAUCCCUUCACACCAGAAGGCUAAAAGAGGCACAAUGAGUGUUCAGUCUCAAAACACUGUCUCUGGAGGAGUCGCAACGACAAAGGCAGGAAGCUCAAGUAGAGGAACCAUAAGAAGUAGUCAUCAGAAAUCUGAACUGGGCACUCGGGAGGCCCUUAUGUGUCCUUCUGUUUCUUCAUCUUCUGGUAGCGAGAGCACUGUAAGAGGCGGUCUGAGCAGGAGUGGAUUGAGGAACUUGAGGUGCAACUCUGUGUCUGAUGUUCUUCCAACUAACUCAAGCUCGGCGACAAAAAUCAGUGUGGCGAAGAAGAAAAACUCUGAUGGAGAGAGCAGCUCCUCUAGCAAAGGCAAUAAUAAGACCAGCGUGUCGGUGGUGAAGGGAAGGAAUCAAGGCUCGUCUCAUGGAAAUGGCAUCACAGUGUCUGAUACCAGAAGGAAUCGAAUAGUACCAACUAUCAGGGAUAACAGUGUUGUUUCAAUUAGUGGUAGGAGAUAUGGUUCUUUUGGUAGAUCAGGGCGACUUGGAGCUGUUGCAUCCCCUGCUACUUCUCGACAAGCGCCUCAUCCUGCAACACGAACCGAUCUCAAUCCUUCUCCUUCAUUUAGUCCAUCAAAUAGUUUCAGUAGGCCGAACAGUAGUACUGGACGGUUACGUAGCAUGAUGCCUGGUAGCCCUUCAGGAGCUGACCCUUCACGCUCUUUGGUGAACUGGGAUGGUUUAAGUCGAUCCAACAUGAAUGGAAUCGCAGAGGUUUUGUUGGCCCUGGAAAGAAUUGAGCAUGAUCAAGAGCUCACACACGAGCAAUUGGCUUCUUUAGGGACGAAUCUGUUCUCAAGUGGUAUGUUUAGAUUCUACGAUCAACAUAGCGAUAUGAGGCUUGACAUUGAUAACAUGUCAUAUGAGGAACUACUUGCUUUGGGGGAUAAGAUGGGUACAGUGAGCACAGCUUUAAGCGAAGAAGCACUCUCGAGAAGCCUCAAGAAAAGCAUUUAUCAGGAGACAGAUGAAACCAGUGCCAUUGCUCUGAAUAAGGAAGAUGAUAUCAAGUGCAGUAUUUGCCAGGAAGAGUAUGUUGAUAAAGAUGAAGUAGGGACUAUGCCAUGUGAACAUAUGUACCAUGUGAGCUGUGUAGAACAGUGGCUUCGGAUGAAGAAUUGGUGCCCUAUCUGCAAAACUCCUGCGGAAGAGGAGAAGUCGUUGUAGUGAUGAUCUCACACCCAACUUUAGCUUUGUGAGAUGAUUCCAAGAUGAUGCAGAUACAUCGCUUCUUCACCAAAUACCAAGUGCUCGUCUCUACAUCAUCUUGCUCUCUCAUUUCUCUUAUUCUUCUUUUUGUACAUAUAUUAACAUUUUUUGUUUCUUCUGACCCAAUUGGGUACAAAUAGGCAAAUAAGAUCAGGUGACAAUUUCAUUCUCCACUUGUAUCAAAGCUCAACUUUUUAUUUGAACUUGAAACAUAUAUACCACCAACUUUACUCUUCUUUUCUGCGUUCUCAUUCUAAAUCUUACGGAAAUACGAAUAUGAUUCAGUU